GCGGGCCGGAGCCGAGGCGGAGCGGGCUGCAGGCGGGCAGGGAGGCCGGCCCGGUGACGGAGGACGAGCCAGGCCCGCCCGCCCGCCCCGCGCUGGCGCCGGGAGACCCGGCCGAGAUGCCGGUGCGGAGCUCCUGCCGCUGCCCGCCGGAGCCGGCCCCGGGAGCCGCUGCCGCCGCCCGCCUGGAGCCGCCGCCGCCCAUCAACACGGCGCAGCCCGGCGUCAACACCAGCCGCCUCUACAGCGGCGCCAAGUUCCGCGGGCAGCAGCGCUCCAAGGGCAACGCCUACGAGGUGGAGGUGGUCGUGCAGCAUGUUGACAUGGACAAUUCCUAUCUCUGUGGAUACUUAAAGAUUAAAGGCCUUACUGAGGAGUAUCCAACACUUACUACUUUCUUUGAAGGAGAAAUAAUCAGUAAAAAGCACCCGUUUUUAACCCGGAAAUGGGAUGCAGAUGAAGACGUGGAUCGUAAACAUUGGGGGAAGUUCCCAGCAUUUUACCAGUUCGCAAAAAUAUUUAACUCUGACGAUUUUGAUUAUGAGGAUCUGAAGAAUGAUGACUUUGUCUUCAUGAGGUGGAAAGAGCAGUUCCUCGUCCCAGAUCACACCAUUAAAGACAUCAGCGGGGCAUCCUUCGCUGGAUUUUAUUACAUAUGCUUUCAGAAGUCUGCAGCAUGUAUAGAGGGCUAUUACUAUCACAGGAGUUCAGAAUGGUAUCAAUCUCUGAAUCUGACUCACGUCCCUGAGUACAGCGCGCCCAUUUACGAAUUCCGGUGACAGGAAUGCCAAGAGCUUCACUAAGAGAUGGCCAGUGAGGCCGGGGGGUGGGGAGAGAGGAGGAGGAGGAGGCGAGCGCGAGGGCGCAUCUUCUAUUCAGACAACGGGGAUGUCUCGGUCGGGACAGAAGACACCAGGCUCCCCUCUUACGGGCCAUCUGGACCGAUCUGAAAGCACAAAGGGGAAUCCACGGGACUGCCGGAGCCUGAUCCUUCUUCCAGCCGCGUGGCCAACCUGAUCCCAGAGACGGAUCUCAGAGCUACCCGUUCAAUGCCCUUUCCUUGCAGAGUUCGCCAUGGGAUCGCUGACAGUCCUUUCCCCCCCGCUCCUUUUGGGGGGGAGGAAACGCCCGCGUCUCCCCAGAUCUCCUUGGAAUAGAAGAGAACAUAAGUUGCUUCCUGCUUAUGUUGCUUCCUCCUUGGCUCCGUGUAGGGGUUCCUCCAGAACAGGUGGGGGUGGGGGGGCUCCUGCCUGGUCUAAGCAUUACUUGAGGUUGGUGUGUCUGGCCCACAACUGCAGUGUUUGCCAAGGAAGCACUUGGCCGAUGGAAGGAGGGCCUGGCUGGGGUGGGGUGGGGUGAAUCAUCUGCUCCGGUUGGUUUACAAGGCUCAACUUCCUCCGGAAUGUUAGUCAGUCCCAGCAGCGCGAGCUUAAAGCACCCUGCAGUGGCGGGAAAGCUAAUUAUGCCGGUGCAGAAUUCGCAACGUUAAAUGGAAAAUGUUUAAGGACUUCUUGAAAGAGAGGUGUCUUUAUGGCCCCCUUCCUCACGGCUGGCUCAAAGACUUGUGUAGUAACGUGCACAAAUAAUUCUUCACCAUAUUUUACAAUGGCUGCUCUUAUUAUUAUUAUUAUUAUUAUUAUUAUUAUUAUUAUUAUUAUUAUUUCCUCUCCUCCCGGUGCAAAUGAGUGCAAGCUCACCAGCUCGCAUCCUCCUGGUGGAUGGUGGUGAGUGCUCUCUCUGUAAUUAUCUCGCCGUGCUGCCGCCUACUCAUCACGAAGGAAGCGCUUGGCAGCGGUGUGCAAGUUACGCUUCUGACAUGCGCCCCGGGUUUCACGCUGCAGGAAACGAUGGAUGCUUGCUAGGACUUUUUAUCAGACCAAAAAAAUUAAAACAUCCUCGUCCCCCUCCCCGAAUAAACCGGUCUCCCAAGACUUUGAAAUGUUCAGUGACUUAAGGCUUCUGUGCCAAACUUUAUGCAUGUCUGGUCGUGUAAGAGUGGCGGUCCUUGUUUCGUACGGCCUCGCGAGGCUUCUGCAUCUCCACAUUGUUGCUGGGGGAGGGUGGGAACCGCUCUGCCACUCGAGUGUUCAGAACAGGAACAUGAUGCAGCUCCUGAGCCGGGGGGGGGGGGGGGGUGCUGUGCUGUGCUUGCUUGCUUCAAAUUGCUUAGAAUACGCCCCGCUGCCCUCCUCCUGUCUGCUUCCGCGGGCGCCUUGACCUUUGCAGAGCUUGGCAGUGGACAGGGACACAAUGUCCCCAGUGGCCAAAGAUGGCAGGUUGUGGUUGUGUUCUCUUUGGGGCUCGGCCUUCCUGUGUGGCAGGAUCAGAAGCGUUCCUAGUGGCUUGAUUUUUCAAACACGGGCAGGUAAUUGGGGCGGAGGAAGACUUUCUCUCUUGCCUCCAGCACUCUGCGUGUCUUGGGGAGGGGAAGGGAAUAACUAAUACAGGUUGAGCUCUUAGAGCUUCCUUGAAUGAUGGGAGGCAGGGUGUGUGUGUGUGAAAAAGCGUUGUCGCUUGCGAAAGAGGUCGCUGAAAAAAAGGACUUGAAGGUUGGGGCUGCGUCCUUCUCUGUAGCUCUUUGUUCUUCCCAACAGCG